UAAUAAGUAAAAAAGUUCAUGAUAUGAGUUACAAGAGAAGAAGCUGUGAAGGGUACGGUGAAAGGUAUGAUGUACAUCAUUAGUGUAGAAAUGUGCCUUUCUUUGAUAACUCAUGUAAUGAAUACUGUUUUUGAUACUUGAAGUCAGACCUUUGGCUGUAUAAUUAUUCAAAUAACAAGAUUAUUCCAAAAGUCUGGGAGUUAGAGAAGUUAUAAAACUACAAAAUGUGGGAAAGUCGAGGUGCUUAUGCAAGGCACUGUACAUCCAGCGAGGUCUUUCUGAACAAAACAUAGUGGUACUACUACUACUACUACUACAAAAUAUGCUGAUCUUGUUUCAGGACCUUUAACCUGCUUAACUAAAUGAAAUCCAGUUCAAGUUGUUUAAAUCUACCAACCCAAACUGGCCCUUUGGAUUGAGCUCUUCAGGUUCAGGUCUCUCUGUCCAAACCAUGAGAGUCUGUGCUUUCGAAAUGAGCAGAGAAACGCAGAAGAUCUCAACGCAACCUUCACCUUUAGCAUUUAGCGUUUGCCACACAACAAGGCCUUGAUGUGAAAAUUUACAUUCACAAAUCUUCCAGAAAGAGAUGGAGAAGGAUGGGGGAAGAAAUGGUGAGAAAAGGAAAGACACUAGCCUCAGAAGUAGCCUCCGUGAGCGCUGGAAAGUGGAGUGUUUAACUGAACUCGGCUCCAAGAUGAGGCCCCAAUCUGUAAGCUCCGACAUGAUUUAUUACCCCGGGAAUGGAAGAACAUUGAGGAAGGCAGAGUUAAGAUAAAAAGGACAAGAUGGAAGCUUUCAUUUGGUGAGUCCUUCUAUCUGCCUCGCCUGAUCUUCUCUGCAUACACAUUGAAAAGGACAGACGGCGACUUCAGAACCUGUGCACUGUUAUGGCGAAUGUUCGAUUUCUAACGUAAUGGAUAAAAGGCUUCGGGAUGCUGUGGCUGAAAUGGCGGGGUGUGCUUAAAUCGUAAAACAGUCUGGAGCAAGGGUCGUCGACUGGAGGACAGCUGCCCAGAUGUGCACCCAGCAAAGUAUUUCAUUGGACCAAACCAAGGUCUUGAAUAAUACUGUAGCAGAGAUGAUAAACGUAUGAAAAAAAUGACCGUACGUCAGCAACUCUAGUUUUUUUUUUUUUUUUAUAAGCUUGGCUUCUGGAGCACAUCCUCUGUUGAGGUUUAUCCAAUCACAUUUGUUUACGUAAAUUAUUUAGCGAAAGGUGGCUCAUCAGAUCAGAGACUAGCUACAGGGCUAGAGACGUUAGCUCAGAACAGGGAGAGUUUUAUUAGACUUUGAUAGACUUUGCAUUUUAUUUACUCUCUCUGGUCUGAUUCUCAACCUGACAUCAUGGCUUGUUUAACAAAAAGUCGACAACCAAACAGAAUCUCCAUCUGUUCACAAUCUGCGACUCCAACUCAAUGUCGUAACAUAAAGCACCACUAUGAAGCAAAACACGCACUUCGAAUUGUCUUAUUUCAAUUCAAUUCAGUUCAAUUCAGUUUUAUUUGUAUAGCGCUUUUAACAAUGGACAUUGACACAAAGCAGCUUUACAGAAAUAUAGAAAUUCAGGAUAUAAAUUUUAAAUAUAUGAAUUUAUGCCUAAUUAGCAAGCUAGAGGCAAUGGUGGCAAGAAAAAACUCCCUGAGACCACAUGAGGAAGAAACCUUGAGAGGAACCAGACUCAAAAGGGAACCCAUCCUCACCUGGGUGACACCGGAUAGUGCGAUUAUAAAUAAAUCCCUUCUAUAACUGUGUACUACAUGGUCAAAAAGUGCAAUUGUGUAACCAGGAAAUUCAUUAUAGUUUUCACAUGAAGUCUAUUUUGUUGACGUUAUGAACUGUCCUUCUCACUUGCACUCUUCUACCAUAUCCUGACCACGUCCAUCCCCAACCCAGCAGUAGCCCAUACUAGUGGGUGGGGUUUAAGUAGUUGAAAUUGUGUAGUUAGCAAAAGAAAAAGAAAAAAGUUGGGAAAAAAGCAUAACAUGAACAUUACAGCAGGAUGUCAGUUAAGCCUGAAAAAUAAAAAAAAAAAUCAGAAAUGGCACAAUUACAUCUCUCACAUGUGCCAUUAAUUUGGAUGACCUUUUACAAAAUGUCAUGCUAAUUGAAGGGGGUUUCUCUGCAGAAUUGAUUUUUCCUCCUCAAUAGAGAAGAGUAACAAGCACCACAUGCUAGCAGGGUCCGUGUGCGUCAUUCUGUCGCUCCACCUCAUUAGAUAUAAAAAUUUUUUUUUUUUUUGGUACAUAUUUUUUUCAUUUUCCAUCCUUGUCUGCACUAGUACAUUUUUUUAGACCAUCAAAGCUGUAUAAAUAAAAUGAUAACUUUUUAUAGAUGUUUCAAAAAUGCCUCCAGUAUUUUUCUGGUACUUCAAAAUAUUGUGUAUAGACAAACCAACAUCUAUGGUUUAGCAGUAGCAUUCAAAAUUUUUGACUCUACUACAGCGAUACACAUAGCAAAGACACCUGAAAACCGCCAUUUUCAGUCAGAAAACAAAUUGGUGGAAAAGCUAAUUAACUGAAGGGGAAAGGACACGGGAUGUGUUAGCGCUUUACUUUUGCUUUGUGUUGACUUUUGCUACUUUCAAAUCUGGUUUGAAAAAUGUCACCACAGUGUCGUAAUUACUACUCCAGAGCCCUGACUUUCUGAGCUGGGGGCGUGUCAGUAACAAAAAGUCAUGGCGGCCACAAACACGGUAAGAUUUAACUGCUAAUUUUGCAUGUUAAACUUCUUGUUAUUGGUCAUACAAAAAAGGUUAACAAAUAACAAUAAAAGAAGUUUUCUCACACCAUCCAUUUUCUUCUUCCAGUGUUUUUUUUUAUUAUUUAACCAAAACGACUUUUUAACACACACCAUUCCGUAAUCCUGACCUCCGAACUCAUAAGCACAAACUUCCGAGGAGGCCUUGAAGGCAGUUUAUCUAGGUGAACUCUGACCUGUGAGUGCACGAGCCGUAGUCUCGUGAGCCAAUAGAAAACAAGGAGGCGGGACUGUAGUGGGUUUGGUUGGUAAUCAAAGUGGAGGAGUUGCUAAUUCUCUCUGGUUCUGGAGGACGGGGUGUGUGAGAGGUGAGGACUCUGAGUGAAAGCUAUGCUAAGAUGAAGUUCUGAAGAGUUUUACUACAUUUGCUAAGCAACAGUUUGGUCAGUUGUGUCGUUUGUCUAAAUGCAGCAAGCAUAGACGUCCAUUCCACACAUUUCAGGACUUGUUUUGAUGCUAAGCUGCACACACUGGCAGGAAGUCAACUACGGGGUUGGCUCACGUCCACACAGUACCCUCUCUGAAGCAUGUUUCAAUCGUGUGUCAGUUUAUCUGGCUUUAAGACAGAGGAAUACAGACAGACAGUUAUGAGUGUGCGGAAAGAAGAGUAUAAUAGGUGAACAGAGGUCAUGGCUGCUGGAAAUGUCGGGGACAGGUGCCGAUAUCUCCCAGGUGCACUGGAAGCAGCAGUGGCUGGAGAACGGGACACUCUUCUUCCACGUGUCCAUGAGCAGUUCGGAGCAGCUGUUUCAGGCCACACAGCCCACGGAGCGAGAGCCAUCGCAGGGCCUGCAUGAGCAUGUGCACCUGCUUCACAUCUCCGUCAUGGGUGGCCUGAUCGCUCUCCUCCUCCUCAUCCUCCUCUUCACCCUGGUCCUUUACACUCGUCAGCGUUGGUGCCGUCGCCGUCGGGCGCCCCAAAAAAGCGCCAGCACUGAGGCCACCCACGAGAUCCACUACAUCCCCUCGGUUCUGCUCGGACCACCCCAGUCCAGAGACGGGUUCCGGACACCUCGUGCCCACCAGCACGGCUCAGUCAUCGGCAUGGCCAUCCGUGAGACGCCCAUCCUGGACGACUGCGACUGCGAAGACGACGAGCAGCCCGGCCAGCUGCUGGAUGGGAAGGUUCAGAUGGACGAGGACUUCUGCAGCCAGGGUACCCGCAGCAUGGACAGUCUAGGAAAAGGAGGAUGUGAUGCGAAUCAUAAACACAGCCUGGAUAACAGAGUCAUGGAUCCCCAGCACGAGUCCGUGGAAGCUUUAGUGCAGAGAAUUAAGGAUAGUUUCCGCACCAACGCCACCAUGGAGAUCACGCACUUCCAAAACGCAACACACAGCUCGUCCACCAGCCGCAAACGUGGACCGACUCAAAACCGCGGUGGCGUGUUUGGCCAUCAGGAGUGCUCGAGCUCUGACGUGGAUGAUGAGAAUCAGCUGAAAUUUUACACAGAGCACCGCGUAGGCCGACGCCGCAGUAAAGGUUGCCCUCAGAGCCCCAUGAGUAAAGCCACACUGACGUUGAUCACAGUGAGCACAUGUGUUCUAGCUGUGGUGUACGGCUCACACACCUCCUGCCCACUGAGCGUCAAAGUCACGCUGCACGUCCCCGAGCACUUUGUCGCAGACGGCAGCAGCUUUGUGGUGAGUAUGGGCAGUUACCUGGAUGUGUCUAACUGGCUGAACCCAGCUAAGCUGACGCUGUAUUACCAGUCCAACUCGUCAUCGCAGUGGGUGCGUGAUUACUGUGGCCAGAGGACCAUAGAGCCCUGUGAACAGCUGUGUGACCAGGACACUGGAGAAUGCAGCUGCCUGGAGGGUUAUUCGCCUGACCCUGAACACACACACCUCUGCAUCCGCACCGACUGGGGACGGAACGAAGGGCCGUGGCCGUACUCAAACCUGGAGCGAGGUUAUGACCUGGUGACGGGAGAGCAAGCUCCUGAGAAGAUCUUCAGGUCCUCCUACAGUCUGGGCCAAGGCCUUUGGCUGCCCGUCAGCAAGAGCUUUGUGGUGCCACCGGUCGAGCUGUCAAUCAACCCUGUCGCCAGCUGCAAGACCGAUGUACUCGUCACUGAAGACCCUGGGGACAUCCGGGAGGAGGCCAUGAUGUCCACGCACUUUGAGACAGUAGACGAUUUGCUGGCAUCAUUCGGCCCGGUGAGAGACUGCUCCAAGGACAACGGCGGCUGCAGGAAGAACUUCAAGUGUGUUUCUGACAGACGGCUUGAUUCCACAGGCUGCAUGUGUCCUGAAGGCUUGCGGCCUAUGAAGGACGGAUCAGGUUGCUAUGACUACUCCGUGGGUACAGACUGUACGGAUGGGUUUAAUGGUGGCUGUGAGCAACUGUGUCUUCAGCAGCUCGUGCCCCUGCCGGACGAUCCCACCUCCAGCAAUGUGCUCAUGUUCUGCGGGUGUGUGCAGGAAUACAAGCUGGCAGCAGAUGGACGCUCAUGCCUUCUCCUAGCUGAUAACUGCGAAGGCCCCAAGUGCCCUAAACAGGACUCCCGCUUCAACGACACGCUCUUCAGCGAAAUGCUGCACGGCUACAACAACAAGACACAAGAGGUCAACCUGGGUCAAGUGUUUCAGAUGACCUUCCGAGACAACAACUUCAUUAAGGAUUUUCCUCAGCUGGCUGAUGGACUGAUGGUCAUCCCUCUGCCGGUGGAAGAGCAGUGUAGAGGAGUGCUGUCAGAACCUCUACCUAACCUGCAGCUCCUCACGGGAGACGCCCAGUUCAGUGAAGGGAUGGGAUAUCCCAUGGUGCAACAGUGGCAAGUCCGGAGCAACCUCUACAAGGUCAAGCUCAGCGCCAUCACUCUGUCUACAGGGUUCUCUAAGGUUCUGAAAUCUCUGACAGCAGACAGCACGCGUGACGAGCUCCUGUCCUUCAUCCAGCAGUACGGCAGCCAUUACGUGUCCGAAGCUCUGUAUGGCUCCGAGCUCAGCUGUAACAUCUACUUCCCCAGCAAGAAGGUGCAGCAGCAGCUCUGGCUCCAGUAUCAGAAAGAGGUGACGGAGCAGGUGAGCCGCAGAGACCUGAAAGCCGUACCCUUCAUCACCUACCUGUCUGACCUGAUGAAGACUCAGCUGCUGUCUGAUGACCUGGUGGCUGGAGUGGACAUCCAGUGUCAGGAGAAGGGCAGCUGCCCGGCGGCGUGUCACCUGUGCAGGCAGGUGGGCAGAGACAGUCCGAGCCCCAUGCCUGCAUUGCUGGAGGUCAGCCGCUCAGUGCCACUCUACAGCCUCAUACAGGACAACUUCACCAAAGAGGCCUUCAAGAGUGCCGCCAUGAGCUCAUACUGGUGCGCAGGCAAAGGUGACGUCAUCGACAACUGGUGCCGCUGCGACCUGAGCGCCUUCGGCAGCGAUGGGCUACCCAACUGCAGCCCCCUGCAGCAGCCCGUAUUGAGGUUGUCUCCUCACUUGGAGCCCUCGAGCACUGUAGUGGCUCUCGAGUGGGUAGAUGUGGAACCUCUGAUUGGCUACAAAGUGGCUGAUUACAUCAUCCAACAUAAGCGCAUUGAGGACCCAUCCGAAGCUGAGAUCUACACUGGAGAGGUUCUGAGUCUGGUGGAUGACCUGUUCUCCGGAUUGGGCUCUUCAUGUGUGGUGCCUGGAAGAAAAAGCGGAGAACAUCCUCAUUCCAUCAUCUACUCCCUCAUCUUUAAGUGCCUGGAACCUGAUAGCCUCUAUAAGUUCACUCUCUAUGCCUUGGACAGCCGUGGCAGCCGGUCUGAGGCGAGCUACGUGACAGUGCGCACUUCCUGUCCAAUAGUUGAUGACAGCAGAGCAGAAGAGAUAGCAGACCGGGUAUACAACCUGUACAAUGGCUACACAAGUGGCAAGGAGCAGCAAACAGCCUACAAUACGCUGAUGGAGAUUUCUCCACCCACACUGUACCGGGUGCAACACCAUUACAACUCACACUACGAGAAAUUUGGAGACUUUGUGUGGCGGAGCGAGGAUGAGCUAGGACCCAGGAAAGCUCACCUAAUCCUGAGACGAGUGGAUAGGAUCAGCCUACUCUGUCGUUCUCUUCUCCGGAGUGGUUACAUCCAGAGCCGGACCGAGUCCAUGACAUAUGUCAUGUGCAGGAGUGAAGACAUGCGAUUGGCUAGCAGCACUUGGCACAGCUCGCUCCAUGAGACACGGCUAACCUGUGUGGAGAAGAUCCUGUCUGUCCAGCGCAAUAUAUACGGCAAGUCCAAACUCCGGUGAAGUAGCCUGUUCACCUUUUAGACUUGUCCGUCUCUGAUCUGGUCUGUUUUCUAAACAUACACGAAAUGCAAGACUGUUCAACCUUUUCACCAAACGAAAGGACCUUUUUUUGCCAUGCGUCCCCUCUGACUUGUUUUUCAGCAUGGAGGAGGGGGAGAAGAAGGUAGCUUGGAAAUUGAAGAACUUUUACUUUUUACUUUUUCUAAGGACCAGACUGAAGAAGGCCUGAAUCUAAGGUCCUCACUUCAGGGUGCUGCAAAUUUCACACACCAGGAGGACGAUGAACCGAGCACCUUUCACACGUGUCUGUAACAUAUUUGGAAACCAAGCAGAAUGGAGAACUCUGAAUCUAGAAUGCGAAAGCCUGAAUCAUCUUGAAUGCAAUGGUUUGAAAAUUAUUAUCUCCAACAAUUAAGGGGACUUUGUUGUCUAUAUUAUUCAUCUCUCCAUCAUUUUCCUAUUUUAAACAGGGGCAACCUUGUGGCUUCAUAUUCAGAGACAGACCGUUUCAACACAGGCAACUCCACCUUAAAGCUAAAUUAAUGAUUAGUUCAGGGCUGUUACAUACCAUUACGAUUGCUUUGGCUGGGAUUUUGAAGGGAGGAAUGUGAGCAUAAAAGGUGUAGUGUCACAUGGUGAAGGAGUUGUAGUAUAUUAUAUCUAUCAUAUAACUGAUCAUAUGGGUUGAUUGAGCGUAGUUGAACACAUACAAGUUGUCACAUAUGGGGGUUAACCAAAAGGUAAGAAAUUAGCCUCAGCAACUUAUUUUGAGUAAUUUUCCAUUUCAUGUAAUAUCAAUUGUGAUAGUAAAUUAUACUCUUGUACAUAAAAUUGUAAAUACAGUAUGUACCGAGUCAAUAUGAUUGUCUUUUUUGGGGGGAAAGAUCUAUUAAAUAUGUAUACUGAAACUCUAUCUGAAGCUUUAUUGAUUUUUAGGUUUUUAAGCACCCACAUAACCACAAUGAUUAUUUAGCUUCACUUAGAGUGGCCCUGCAGCAUUUCAUUCACCGUCGUGACUCAGCAAUCUGGGAAGAUGAAUUGGAUGGCUGUAAAGCAAUUUUUCACUACGAAAAUGAAAAAUUGCACGUUCACCACAAACAGCAUAGUGAAAUAUUGGUAUAAU